CAUCGUCCAACCCUUGGGGCUAUGCAUGAGAGAUCUUGGCCAUGAGUUGAUGUGGAAACAAGAAGAUAACUACUUUACCCCGGAAUUGCAUAUGUCCACUUUGAGCAAAGCCAAGGCCAUGACCGUUCUUCCAUGUACCAUUUAGUUAUCCCUGCUUGGCCUGUCGCUGAUGACCUCGUGUGUAGCUCACAAACCUGGCCAGGAAGCCGUAUCCUCUUUGGUCUGUCGAAGUUUCUCUCAAAGGCAGACAUAUCCCUUGCAUGUUUAUUCAUCCAAAUUUUCUCUCACACAUCAACCUUCCCAGAUGCCAAAAAGGUGGGACUGAGAAAUGGCACCCACCCCACCAUCUGUCACGUCGUCGAACGCAAGUACUCAUUCUCCGCAUGGACGAGUGGUGCGAAGACGGAACCGUGUCCCAUUGUCCUGCGCCCCAUGCAGAAAUCGAAAGCUAAAGUGCAACCGCGCGGUGCCUUGCGAGAAUUGCGUAAAGAGAGGAGAUGCCCUUUCCUGUACAUAUGCUCAACCUAAUGCCAGGAGACGGAAUCAUGGCAGCCAACUACAGCUAGGAACACCGGAUGACAUGCAAAGUCGUAUCGACCGCUUGGAAAGCUUGGUGCUAUCAUUGAUGAGGAAUGGGUCGCAGUCCACCGGUGCCGCACCGGUAAGGGAAGGCAGAUCAGGAGACCCUGGCUUCUCCUCGCUGCACGAUAGACAUAGUUCCGGCCUUAGCGGAGAUGAUCGUGAGGCAACUGCUAGGGACGAAGAGAGUGACACUGAGCAGGUAACUAAGUCGUUUGGGAUAAUGAAGGUUGACGCUCAAAAUCAGAAAUCCUACUACGUCAGCGAGGCUCACUGGACCUCCAUUCUUAACGAUAUAGUAGAAGUUAAGAACUUUUGGUCGACACACAAGAAACAAAUCGAAGAGCAGAUGGAAAAGUUGCUCGUUAUUUCAAUACCUACGAUCCGGAUGGUCUUUGCAAUGAUGCGCUUAGCAGUGUUGUCCUACCACCGAGACGAAGAUGAACCCCCUGAAUUUCGAGAGAAAUCAUUGGAUAUUGCUAGAUCAUAUCAAUCUUCAAUGGCCCAAUGUCUCAUUUUAGCCGACUACACAAAACCGCACCGCUACGUCCUUGAGGCUCUAGUUCUCCACCUUCAGGGUGAAUAUUCACAAACUAGUGAUGCACAAGUCUCACUAUGGGUUCUAGUCGGUAUAAUUGUUCGUUUAGCAAUGCGGAUGGGCUACCAUCGGGAUGCAAGUAUGUUCCCAAAUAUCAGUGUAUUUCAAGGCGAAAUGCGUCGGCGGCUUUGGAGUUUUAUUCGAUGCGCAGAUCUUUUGUUCUCUUUUCAAGUAGGCUUGCCCAGUAUGGUCCGCUCUGGGGAUAGCGACACCGAUAUUCCGCGAAGUUUACAUGACGAUGACUUUGAUGAGAAUAGCACGGCUCUACCGCCCGGAAGACCCUUCAAUGAGCCAACACCAGUUUCAUACCUCGUUGCAAAAACUCGCCUUGCGUUUGUUUUCGGCCGCGUGUUGGAGCACUCCCAAAAAGUGAAAGGUUCCACAUACGAAGAAGUUAUGGAAAUAGACAAGGCUUUGCGCCAAGCGCGGGAAUUAGUCCCAGAGCAUCUCCACGUCCAGCCAAUUUCCGAGUGUGACAAAGAUCCCGCGUAUUUGAUCAUGAGCAGAUUUGGUAUUAUGAGUAUUUAUCACAAGGCUCAAUGUGUCCUCCACCGACCGUUCCUUAAUCACGCACGCGAAAACCCGCGUUACAUUUACUCUCGUCGUACAUGUAUCGACAGCUCCAUGGAGCUACUGAGAUUCCAACUCAUGCUGCAUGGCGCAUCACGCCCUAAUGGAAAAUUGCGCCAUCGGACAUGGUACUCUAGCUCAUUUAGCUCUCACGACUUUUUGAUGGCCAGCACAAUUAUAGCCCUCGAUUUAUAUCACGACUACCGAUCUCAUAGCUCUGAACCACUGUAUAAUACGGCAUACAGCAAGGAUGUUCAGAGGCAAGAAGAGAUGCUGGCGGCCCUUCGAAGGUCCAGAGAUAUAUGGGACGAGCUAAAAGACAAGUCCAUAGAUGCAUGGAAAGCGGCGGUCGUCUUGGGUAUGUUGCUGGAGCAGCUGAAUCAAAGUUCUAAAUGUUCCGAAACAUCGCAUUCAGAGCAAGUGCUUGAUGCACAAGAUGAAAAGCAAACUGCUGCAAUGACACUGGGGCUCCUUAGCAGUGGCAUAACCCCUUUGGGUCCAACAAGCCCCCCCCACGUCUGUGAGAAUAUGGGCAAAAUUGAUCCAAACAUCCAGCAACAUUUGCAACGGAACAGCAUAGAGAGCAUUGACCACGGCCCUCCCCACACCUCCGCAACCCCUUUCGGUAUAUUUGGACAUAUGCCAGACAUGCAAUCAUUUAACCUAGACUGGGAGGCGUGGGACACAUAUAUCCAAUCAACAGCAUUUGAUGCAACUACCGAAGCUCGGACAAGCUCGGAUCCACAGCAGCUUCAACAGUCGCAGUUUACGAUAGGAUCUCUGAGGACCGAAAAUGGACCAAAUCCCACGCCAAGAAGGACAUAUCCCAAUAGUCCGGGGUUUUUCGAGUCGUUGGAAGCUGGCAGCUUCGGUGGUGGUAUGGACAUGACUCCUGAAGCUGAUGUUCCCCGAUAUAAUCCUGGGCAGCCAUGA